AUGUCGAAUCAAAACCAUAGUGCAGGCAUGAAGCAUAUCCAUGCUGGAGGCUAUUCCUAUGACAAAGCUCAAAAGCUCAAGAACCAACAGCUGCCUGAAAAGACAAAGUGUGAUAUGUGUCAUCGUUUGAAGAAUAUCAAUGCAUAUUCGAAGAAACAACAAGAGAUCCUUCGCUCUGGCCUCGCAACCGGCCGAAUCCGUGACCUUAAUCAUGCUAAAGCCGAGUGGAUCAAAUGCCAGCAGUGUCACGGCCAAGCGGACGAGCUUCAAUGUGGCUACUGCAGUCUUUGGAAGGGCAUCGAGGGAUUUUCAAAGCGUCAGAGAACAAUGGGUGACGACAAGGCAUGUCUCACGUGUGUCGCUGAGUUUGAGAACGAUGAGCCGGUCCCUGAGAACGCCAUCAGAGCAAUUGCGGAUGAACUGCUCUCAGACUCUGAUGAAGAUGGUUCCGAAAGCAUUGACUACACGGAAGACACCGAUAGUAUAAUUACAAAUCGCUUCGAUGAAACUUCGGACUCUAGGAAUUCGGGUGUUCGCCUUCCUUUGGAGAACCUCAGUAUCAGCAAUCCAACGAACUAUCAAGGGCACGAGCAAGGGGGUGUGAGCAGAGCCACAGCGAAAAGCAACUCUUCAGUAUUCGAUCCCGACGCAGACUCUUCCUAUUACGUGUCUACUGGUGCAGAAAAUGCAAACAAUCCGUAUGUGUACAAGAGCCCGCAUGAGAAUAAGAAGAAAACCAAAGCGGCAAUGGCGUUUGCUUCGAGCCGAGAGGAGAAGAGACCCCGUCGGCUUAUGCCGGUGCCUGCAUAUGACGCUGGUCGGAACGUCACUUAUGAGCCGGAGAGUGAUGGCGAGGAGGUCGAAGAUGGCAAUUGGCUCCUCGCGUGUCUCAAGCAAAGGAAGAAGCGCGGAACGACAGAGGAUAAAACGGAGAGGAAUCACAAGUAUGGGGCGCAGCGAACAGUGGAGGGAGGCCAGACAGCUAAGCACAUGAAACGAUGGAGGUAUAGACGCUCGAAGCAGCAGCCUCAGCCUCGUGGUCUUGUGAGCACAACAGUCGGCAGACUGGGAUGGCAGGAGUUUCACAUCAGAACAGGUGUAGCAGAGCGUGUACGGGCUUUGUAUCGAGGCUGCGGCCUCCAACACGGUACGGAUCGAUGGAUCUACGGCACGGGUCCUCAUGGCGACGAGGUAGAGUAA